AUGCGGCAACAGGGCGGCUGUCUUCCCAUUCGCAUCGACCCGAGCACUGGCAAGUUACGCGUGCUGCUGAUUCAGUCCCUGUCGCACCCGCGCGAGUGGAUUGUGCCCAAGGGUCAGAUUGACUUUGGCGAGACGAGCGCACAGGCCGCACAGCGCGAGACGCACGAGGAGAGCGGCUGGCGAGGCGAGCUCGGUCCCUGUCUGGGCAACUUCUACGACGCCAAGAAGCAGGCAAGCAUCGAUCUGUUUGUCCUGUUCGUCCGCGGCGACCAAGACGCCGUGUUUGAGGAGCGAGACGAGCGUGACCAGCGCUGGGUUUCCCUAAAGAAGGCCAUUGGCAAGGACCCCGCCAAGACCAAGACCAAGACCGAGUCCAAGACAGAGUCCAAGACAGAGUCUCAAUCAUCCGAGUCUCCGGACGAAGCAGACACGUCCGCGGAGAACAACAAGAAGGACAAGAAGAAGAAGAAACAGAAGGAACCGCUCGUCCAGCGACCGUUCGUGACUGCAGGCCUGAAAGCACUCCGCGCACUCGUCAACGAAGACGCAUUGAUCUGGCCAUCCUGGUCUGCUACACCUGCUGCUGCUGCUGCUGCUACCAACAAAAACAAGACGAAGGCGACUGCAUCUUUGUCUAAGGAUCCUGUUGCCUCAACUUCCUCCUCCUCCAACUGA